AUGUUUGUAAUGCUAAUAUUUAUUCAAUGUGUGAGCAGUCCAUUACCACAACUGAACAAAAGGUGGUAUUCUAAUAGUAGACUCAAUUUAUUCAAUGAAAAACCCACACAUAAUAGCUCUGGCCAUUUAACUAUUAGCAAUAGCCAAAAACAUGAGCCUUCCGCGGGUGACAAGAUAAAUAGUGACUUGGAGAAAUAUGAACAAUUUGUACUGAAUAAUACCGAUGUAUUGACUAAAAAUAUCUCACAUAAAGAUCCAAAGAUUAUUAUUUGUCAAGAAAUUGCAUUAAUCAACUUUGUUAGUGCCGAUGCUGUAACGGAUAAUAAGAAAGUAGACGUACUUGGUGUUCUUCUGGAACAUUGUUUACCAGAUAGCAUUUGUGAUUUUACGCGCUUAAAACUGCCGGCAAACACUAAAAACAUUGUUAUAAAAUAUGAGUGCUUAAUUGCUCAAUCAUUUAGUUGUUCCAUGGUGAGAGCUAGGAAUCCGGCGGAUAGGAUAUUUUGCCGACACUUGUGUUUGGGAAUACUAGACAACUGUUUAUCAUCCCAGCUAGUGCUAAAUAAAUAUUUCAUUCUAUGGUGUAUCAAGAAAAAUUUACAACUUUACUAUGAAGAUAAUAAAUGUCUAGUCAAUAUGGAUAAGUUACGCAUUUCACGUAGGUAUUUUUCAAAAGGACUUCAAAGACGGCUAUGA